AUGCAGUCAUACCAACUUUUGCGUGAAGAAUUGCCUUUACCAUCAUUAUCUUUACUUAAAAAAAUAACUAGUGGAAAUAUUGAUGCUCUAAGUUGUGCAAAACGUUUAAAAUUAGAAGGUAAGAUAUCUCAAGACAUUUGCUUGAUUUUUGAUGAAAUGUACUUGCAAAAAUGUGAGGAGUAUUUUGCUGGAGAGAUGAUUGGUAGUGAUGAGUCUGGAGAAAUGUAUAAGGGAAUAGUUUGUUUUAUGACAGUUGGCCUGAAACAAAACAUUCCAUAUGUGAUCAAAACGUCUCCUGAAAAAACAAUCAAUGCUGAAUGGUUGAAAGAAGAAAUUUUUGAAUGUCUUCGUAUUUUAACUGAAUGUGAAUUUAAUGUUAGAGUUAUUGUGUGUGUCCACAAUAUUUAUGAAAAAGACCUCACUCUUGAUGCUGGUUUGCGUAAAGCACCAAAAAUAACAAUGAAAGUGUUACAUCCUGGCAAUUUUAAACAAAAUGUUUCUUUAGCACUUGCAAUUUUUGAUGAAACUACAUCAGCAGCGAUUCACUCAUAUUUUCCAGAUCUUAAAAGUAGUGCAGAUUUUCUUACAUUAUUUAACAAGUGGUGGGUUUUAUCAAAUUCUAAAUGUCAGUAUUCAGCAUGUAAUAUUUUAGGUAAUGCAGUCGUUUCUGGUGAUAAAAAACCUGAAUUUCUUCGGGAAAUGGCACAUUGGAUUGAAGUUUGGCAAUCACAAAAGAUACCAAACUGUGAGAAGUUUACUUUAAGUGUUCAGACAGCUGCAGCACUAAUAAGAACACUUAAUAGUCAUGCCUCAUUGAUCGAGGACUUGCUUAAUGAUGGAUAUCACUUUGUUUUAACUGCGAGAUUUCAAAGUGACCCAUUAGAAAGGAGAUUUGUACAAUAUAGACAAAUGAGCGGUGGAAGAUUUUUGGUAGGUUUAAAAGAUGUCACUAUUUCUGAAAAAAUAUUAAAAAUCAAAAGUAUAGUUAAAGAAAGUAUUAACUUCGAUGAUAGUUUAAAAGUGCCUGAGUCAGAAAAUAGUUUAACAGAUUGGAAAAACUUUCUUCUUGAUAUUGAUGAAGCUCAGUGUACUCCAGAAAUCAUGACACUUGCACCAGAAAGUAGGGAAGUAGGUGCUCAUAUUGCUGGUUAUAUAGCAAAGAAACUUAAAAAACGUUUUGGUACAUGUUGUAAAGAAUUUUUAUGUUGUGUCAAUAUUGAUGAAAGCAAUCCUGAUCAUACUUAUUUAACAAUUAUUUCUAAGGGUGGUCUCACUAUUCCUUCACUAUCACUUUUGGAUUAUGUUUGCACAUCCUUCGCUAUGAUUGACUACUUUUAUAAAAAAAUAAAGAAAUUUAGUUUACAUGCACGACAAGCUUUAGAAUAUUUGUUAAACCACUUUUAUGACUCUUUUCAGACUUUUUCUUGUCCCAUGCAUGAAAAAACUGGGAUAAAACUUGCUGGAAGAAUUGUUGUUAACAUUUUUCUUAAUAAUAAAAGAAUUAUCUCUACCAGUGAAGUAGCUGUUGAUCAUGUAAAAUCUUUUAAAAAGAUAAAAUUUGAGAAAAUUUAAUAAAUUAUAUAUAAU